AUGUUUAUCAUUCAUUUUAUUACAAUUCUUCUUAUUACUGUUAUCAAUUGUGAUCAAUCAACAAAUAUGUUAGACCAAGAUGAUAUUUUUCCUGUUAAUAUUACAAUGAAAAAUUUCGAAACAAUAAAGAAAGAUCAAAAUAUGUAUAUUCAAUAUAAAAUACCUGAUGAAGAAUUAUUCAUUAUUGGAUUUUUUCCAUUAAUCAAUUUAACUAUUACACAUCAUCUGCUUACAUUUACUUGUUCUAUUCCAUAUUCGAAUGAAUCAUUUUCUGUUGGUUUUGCUGUUGGACGUAAUACUCCACAUAAAUAUAUUAUAAUUAAUAUUCAUUAUUUAUUCAUUGGUAAAAGAGAUAAUUUUGGACUUCAAUUAUUUAUGACUCGAAAACCAACAACACGUAGUGAUGAAAUGUGUAAAAUUUAUGUAAUGUAUGCAUACAUACCAAAAAAUACAACAAGUAAUCAAGAAACUAUUGACCAACAAUCUCCGUUUCCUGUAUGUUGGGAUAAUCAAGUUUCAAGUAUGAUAGAUCUUAUUCCUGCAGACAGUGUAAUUCCACCACCUAUAUCAAAGGAUCAUCAUAUUCGUAUGCAUGGAUCAAAAUUGUCUUCUACUAAUUUUUUAUACAAUGGUGAAUCUUUAAUGAUUGAUGAUACAGAAAUGUUUGCUUCUCCUGAUAUGCUAAAACUAGCAAUUACAAGACGAUUUUCAUUUAAUCAUGAAAUUUUAGUUGUUCUAUGGAUUAUAUUGGUUACUAUUCUUAUCUUAUUUCUUAUGAUUUGUUGUAUUAUUCAUAUAUGUUUGAAUAAAAACGCAGUUGAUGUAAACAAUAAUGAUACUACUAUUGUUUCAAUAUUUGCCAAUUGGAUGAAUCCUGAGAAAAAAUUGAUACGAUUAGAAUCAGAUGUUGACAAAGAUGACUCAUCAUCAAGUUUGAUUGCUAAUGAUGACACAAUAAUUAAUAUGGAAUCAAAACUAACAACAAUAAUAAUCAAUGACAAAAACAGUGCUGUUAUAUUCUAA